AGAUAUAGAAAUAUCAGUUUACAUUAGAUAAAAGUUAUUGGUAAAUAAUACAAAUUGAUCAGUUUAUCUGAGAAUAAAAACCUGUACACGUAGAUGAAUUUAAAAGAUUUAUCGAAAGCAUUUUAUAUAAACGAAGAUGUUUCUGAAACUUUAUCGAAUUUUAGUGUUUUUGCUGUGUUUAAACGUAGUUUAUAGUGAUAUUUGUACAAAUACAACAAGUAUAAGAUGUGACUGUAAGGAAUAUACCAACAUUCAGACACACCUACCUACUUUUUUCGCCGAUUGUUCUAGUAGAUUCUUGACUGAACUUCCAGAAAAUAUAAACGAUGGUUUAAACGUUAUAGAUUUCUCUAUUAACGCUAUUGAAACGUUGGACGCCAAUAAGAGACCUCUUAACAGCGAAGAUUUAGAAGAAUUGAUAUUUGGUUAUAAUAAUAUAUCUCACGUAGACGUAAAUUUCUUUCAAAAUCUACCGAAUUUGAAGAAAUUAGAUUUGAGCAAUAAUUUUAUUAGUAGUUUGGAAAACUCCGAGAUUUUCGAAAAACUACCUCAUCUAGCUCGCCUCGAUUUAAGUUUCAACAGCUUUAAAACUUUACCUGAUUUUAUAUUCAAUCCAUUAGUAAAACUCACGCAUUUAGACAUUAGUUACAAUUAUAUGGGGGCAUAUCUGACGCAAUCAAAAACUGUUUUGGAAAAAAUGCUUUGUCUAACUCCGAAUUUGACACAUCUUCAUAUGGAUGGUUUGGGAAUUAAAGAAUUGCCAGCUGGUUACUUCGACGGUUUCAAUAAUUUGAAAGAUUUAUCUUUGGCCGAUAACGAAUUUACUCUGAUACCCGCAGUUCCUUACAGUGUAGAACAACUGGAUUUAUCGGGAAAUAAAUUGAGUUUCGUAUCGGCGAAUUACCUCAACUAUCAUUCUCUCAAAGUGUUAAAAUUAAACAGAAUGGUGACUUUAACUGUAAUCCCCCAUUACGCAUUUUACAAUUUGUUCGCGCUUGAAAAACUAUUCAUUACCGACUGUCCCAAUUUGAAAGAAUUCAGUGAACUAGCAUUCGACGUGCUUUCCAAAGAUAUCGAUCACCACAUCAAAGUUUUAUCUCUGGCGAGAAAUGGUUUGAAUAGUUUGAACGAAUCCUAUAAAUACUUAUUCAGAAAGAUGGAACACGUCGACUUAACCCUUAAUCCAUGGGUGUGUGAUUGUAAUAUUCUGUGGCUACAAAAUUUCGCUUUGGAAUUUUUUAGAUCCCAUGAAAUAAGAUGUCACUAUCCUUCCGAGCUCAGAUUGAAAAAGAUUCUUGAACUCCAGCCGAGCGAUGUCAAAGACUGUUAUCCAGCUAUUUACGGAAAGAAGAGUCACAGAGUGUUGAUUGUAGUAUUAUCCAUGACCGUUGUAGUAUUAUGUGGACUCAUUUUCUAUUUAUUAAGAUAUCCUAUAAAGGGACUCUCCGGUAAACAUAGAAUAUCUCCUAAUUCUCCUUAUGGCUUAACUUCGACUGAAGAACAAUAGUAAUAUUUCUUUAUUUCUAUUCCAAAUAUUUAUAUUUAGUAUUUUCAUACAAAUUAUCUUAUCAAAAAUAUAUAUUUAGGUAUAAUA